AUGAUUGUUUCUAUACGUUUGAAUAGUACUAAUAAACAUGCAUGUAGUGGAUCAAUUUUAUCUGAAUCUUAUAUUUUAACAUCUGCUUCUUGUAUUGCUAAUGUACCAUCAUUUGGUAUAAGUAUUGUAACUAGUAUUCAUAAUUAUUCUGAAGAAGAUGUAACAUAUCGAAAAGUUGAUCAAAUACUUUUACAUCGAGAUUAUAUAAAAAUAUCAGACAAUUACGCAAAUGAUAUUGCAAUUUUGCAUAUGUCUCAACCACUAGUUUUCGAUAAUAAUCCUUUUAUUAGUCGAAUAUGUUUCCCUAAAAAACUUGAAUCAAUAGAAAAUUCAAUGCAUUAUCCACAACCUGGAAUACUUUUAGCACUAAUUGGAUGGGAAACUAUGAAUUUUCCAUGUGUUGGAGAUCCUGGCAGUCCAAUAUUUGUAUGGUUGGAAGAUCGUUGGCAACAAAAUAUAACGAUUGAAUUUCAAUCAAUCAUUCAUCAUUGUUCAGUAACAUCUUCACCAACAUUAACCAUAACUACGAUUAGUACUAGUACGACAACUGCAAAGCCUCCUGUCUUAUAUCGAUGUAAUACAACAUCAACAUGUGGUUAUAGUAGUACUCCUGAAUCUUUAACGCCAUCACGUAUAGUUGGUGGUGAAAAUGCUUUGAAAUCAAAUUCAAAACAAAUUCGACGUUCUGUUGACAAAAUUUAUAUUCAUACAAAUUAUAUUGGUAGACAAAAUAAUUAUCGUUAUGAUAUUGCUUUAAUGCAUAUUAAUCAAUCAUUGAUGAUUGAACAUAACCCAAAUUUAACAAAAACAUGUAUACAUCGUGUCAAUCCACCAAUAUUGGUACAAUCAAUUUGUAAAAAACAGAAUCAUUUUCAGUCGCCUACAAUUCUUCAACAAAUAGAAGUUUGUGCGAUUGAUAAUGAAGAACCAAUGUGUAUAAGCGCAAUGAAUGAUUCAGAAAUACAAUUCUGUGUUGGAUUACCAGAUGAUGGAAAAGGUGAUUCAGGUGGACCUAUAUUCCAAUGGACAGGACAAUAUUGGGAACAAGUAGGUAUUGUUUCACAUGGAAACGGUUGUGCAAAACUUCGUCAUCCAGAUGUUUAUACUCGAUUAUCCUAUUAUUAUGAUUGGAUAAAUAAUAUUCUUAAAAACGAUAAUGAACAUUUGAAACCACAAUUUUCAUUCUAUGAAACUUCAACAGAACUUUAUACGACUAUAACAAUUAAUGAAGCAACACCGCAUACAAAAAGUUAUACUUAUAAUCAUCAAGAAAAAGUUCUAAUUUUUGCGAUAAUAACUGUAUUCGUUAGUAUUAUAAUAUGA